AUGGAUCCUGCUUACAGCAGCAACCCGGCGGCUGGGCCGACCAACAACAACCUCAUCGUGGCCCACCGUCCGGACAUCGCACCCGAACCAACCUGUGGCAUGCACAUCUUUAUGCUCGUGACCCAACCACGAUGCGGGCCGAGUGCGGGACUGCAACUAGGAUCUUACAUGGAGGAGAUGUCAC